AUGUGGAUACAAGCUUAAAGAGGGCAUGCGAGAGGGAAUGUGACUUGCUCAAGAUCACCAGCAAGUGAGCGUCGGAGGCAGAAAUAGAACCUGACUAGUUCUCACUCCUAGUGUGAAGCUCCUUCCAUUCCACCAUGUAGACAUGAGCAUGUGCCUUGUGUAGGUCCUUGGGUGCAGGGAUAUGCAGAGUGCUGCUCAGGGGUGGCAGCUCCUCAAUGCUCAUGGCACCCCGCAGAGCGACACUGUGAGGGUGCUGGCUGCCUAUGGCCUGGAUGACACUCCGAAGCUGGAUCAGGAGCGUACUUUUGUCAAGUCUAUCUUUCUGCUACAAGUCGUCCACCCUGACAAUCUGGAUGUCCCUGAGGACACCAUCAUCCAUGACUUGGAGAUCACUGAUAAGACACCUUCGUCACACCCAGCAGCCUCCAGCUCCCUUCUCCUCACCCCACUCAACCCAGAUCCCUUCUCUUGCCCCCAGUAUUCAGUACAUCCCUUGGGUGGAGAUUACUCUGACUCUUCUCUGUCUCCUAAGGACUGCCAAUCUGACCCUAACAUGAACCCCUUUCCCUGGCCUGGCCCUUACCCUAUUUCUUCGGAGCCUCACUGUCAUCUGGCUCAGCUUCUGUGCACCCUUCCACAGUUCCUCAUUCCAGAGGAUGACACCACGUAUGCCUGCACCUUUCUUCCUCUCCCUAUUGUGAGCCAGAAGCAUCACAUUUACAAGUUUGAGCCUAAGUUGGUCUACCACAAUGAGACAAUGGUGCAUCACAUCCUGGUGUACGCCUGUGGCAAUGCUAGCGUUCUCCCCACAGGCAUCAGCGACUGCUAUGGGGCCGACCCCGCCUUCUCCCUCUGCUCACAGGUCAUCGUGGGCUGGGCUGUCGGGGGCACUAGCUACCAGUUUCCAGAUGACGUAGGCGUCUCUAUUGGGACCCCCUUAGACCCUCAGUGGAUCCGACUGGAGAUUCAUUACAGCAAUUUUAACAACCUUCCUGGUGUGUAUGAUUCCUCAGGGAUUCACGUGUACUACACUUCUCAGCUGCGCAAAUAUGACAUGGGCGUCCUCCAGCUGGGCUUCCUCACGUUUCCCAUCCACUUCAUCCCCCCGGGCGCUGAGUCCUUCAUGUCCUGUGGGCUGUGUAGGACGGAGAAGUUUGAGGAGAUGAAUGGAGCUCCUAUGCCUGACAUACAGGUAUAUGGCUACCUGCUGCACACCCACUUUGCUGGACGGGCUCUGCAAGCAGUGUAAUACAGGAAUGGAACACAACUUCGAACAAUCUGUAAAGACGAUUCCUACGACUUCAACCUGCAGGAGACUCGAGAUUUGCCCUCUCGAGUGGAGAUCAAGCUGGGAGAUGGAUUCCUGGUAGAAUGUCACUACCAGACACUGGACUGUGACUCCAUGACAUUUGGAGGCCCCAGCACCAUUAAUGAGAUGUGCCUCAUCUUCCUCUUCUACUAUCCCCGAAAUAACAUCUCUAGCUGCAUGGGGUACGCUGACAUCAUCUACGUGGCCCACGAGCUGGGGGAGGAGGCAUCAGACAGCCCCAUGGAGGGAAUGAUGGACAUGAAUGAUGUCAAGUGGACCCUGGAGAGCAUUAAGAAAGCUGAGAAAGCCUGCAAGGAGGCCCAGCAGACAGUGAUAAUAAAGACCAUUGAUGAGGUGGUGGAAAACACAACAGGCUGGAUUCCAGACAUCAUCCCUGCUCCCCGGGGGCCCUGCUUGGAGUCAUCUGGAGGCAAAGUGGAGGCCUAGGACAAGACCCCUGCAGGCUUCAGAGCUGCACCUGUGGCCCUCUCGAGCUCUAGCAGGGCCACCCUGAGGCAUCUCCCCCUGGCGGCCAUCCUGCUGCUGCAGCACACACUCUUCUGGCUCCUGGCCAUGCUGCAGAAUGGAGUCUGA